UCGCCACGGUAACCCACACGAACACAGCAAGUACACAGAAGGAUGAAGCAGCAGAAAAAAGACAAACAUGAAUUAGUGAGGGGUGGAGAUGGGCGUUAACUAGUGAUGGGUUUCGUUACUGAAGUUCGAGCAUCCUGGUUCUCUGAUGCGCAGCAGCCGAAACGACAGCUGAGAUGGUUUGUGUCAGUCUGAGGGACGCGCGGUGGUGAGCGCAGCGUUUAAAGGCUCAAUACUACAGAGGGGUGAGCAGAGCUGCUGUUCACAACACCCCAGCGGUGACUCAGCAAGGCCUCACUGGUGUCUCACGCUCCUCCUCGGUCGUUCGGUGUCACGUUUCCACUGCCUGCUCUUACUGUUGCCAGGAAACCAUGUGCUGGGCAUGGACGAAGAGACAGAGAAAAGAGCCAGAGUUCUGUGGGACUACCUGCGUCUCCGGCAACCUCUAGAAAAGAGUGACGUCAUCAUCGGCUUCGGUUGCCAGGAUGUCCGUGUAGCAGAGCGGUCAGCCCAGCUCUUCCAGGGGGGUUGGGCCCCCUGCCUCCUCUUCACCGGUUACCUGGGAAACCAAACCGCAGGGGUGUGGACACGCCCGGAGGCUGAGGUGUUCCAGGAUGUUGCCGUGGCGAUGGGGGUCCCCCGGGGAUGCAUCUUGCUCGAGACGGCUGCCACUAACACGGGAGAGAACCUCCGCUACUCCUACCAGACCCUCAGAGAGAACCGAAUACCAGCGCGCAGGCUGAUUCUGGUCCAGCAGCCGUUCAUGGAGCGGAGGAUUCGUGCCUCCUUCUUGCAGCAGUGGCCCGGCGCAGAGGAAAGCGCGCAUGCCAUCGUCACGUCCCCACCCAUGGACAUGACGGAAUACCCCAACCGUGCCGUGGGCCCCGCUCGGCACCUCAUCAGCUGCAUGCUCGGUGCGGUGGAGCGGAUCCGGGACUACCCGGAGAAAGGCUUCCAGGUCCGGCAGGAGAUCCCACCAGAGGCCGUGACCGCCUACCAGUGGCUCCUCCUGGCAGGCUACAAGCCGACGUGAUGAUACACCCCAAACACACAUCGCCCAAGCGGAAAACCGGGGAUCGAUAACCUCCCGGAGUUAAAACGGGAGUACCUCGGACGCGUGGGCGCUAACUCCGUGCGUCUGUUUCUGCUCAUGCUGCGUUGUGUUCUCCCUGCUACACACACACACUUGCUGUGCGAGAGACACUUGGACACACAGAGCGCUGCGGAUUUGAGACGCUGGAUUCGUUAGCCGGCCCUGUGUAGGCGGGACUGCGUGUGGUCACACUCUGAGCCCCUCCCACAUCUUCCUCGUCUCACCAAUAAUCAGCCACUCCCCUCUGUCGCCUGUCCCUCCUUCCCCUGGUUACCGCUUGCGAAGUCUCUAGAGCCCCUUCAUUUACAUAUUCAUUUACAUUUACGGCAUCUAGCAGACGCUCUUAUCCAGAGCGACUUACAAAAGUGCUUUGUC